AACACUUCAAGAAAAUCAACACAAUUAUUUGACAACUUCAACAACUGUCAAAAACCGGUGCAUAUAGAAUACAUUUUUCAACUCAUCUACUAGCACUGUUUUCACCUUACAUAAGCCAUUAGCCAUUCCUCUGUCAUUUCGGUCAUAUCGUGAAAAAUUGCUUGAACGAAAAUGAUGCAACGCGCUGCACUGAACACCACCGCCCUCCUGUUUCCAAUUGUUGAAAAUGGACUCCAGCAGCAGCGUGGUAUGGCCACCCUCAAGUCGAUUUCAAUGCGAUUGAAGUCUGUGAAGAACAUUCAAAAAAUUACGCAAUCCAUGAAAAUGGUCUCAGCCGCCAAGUACGCCCGUGCUGAACGUGAUCUGAAGCAGGCUCGUCCCUAUGGCGUUGGAGCUAAGCAGUUCUUCGAAAAGACCGAAGUUCCAGCUGACGAAAAGGCUGAGGUCAAGAAACUUGUGAUCGCCGUCACCUCUGAUCGUGGUCUCUGUGGUGCAGUGCACAGUGGUGUGGCUCGUGAAAUUCGUAACGCUUUGGCCGUCGAUGACACCAAGACCAAAGUCAUCUGCAUCGGAGACAAAUCGCGUGCAAUUUUGCAGCGAUUGUACAGCAAGAACAUCAUCUUGGUAGCCAACGAAGUUGGACGUCUGCCACCCACCUUCUUGGAUGCUUCUCGCAUUGCCCAUGAAGUCAUGACCUGUGGCUAUGACUUCACCGAAGGCAAACUGGUCUACAACAAGUUCAAGUCUGUGGUUUCUUACGAGAUGAGCACUUUGCCCGUCUACAGUGCCCCAGUUGUAGAGAAGUCCGAGAAAUUGGUCGUCUACGACUCGUUGGAUUCCGAAGUCAUCCAGAGCUACUUGGAAUAUUCAAUGGCUUCAUUGAUCUACUACACCAUGAAGGAGGGUGCUUGCUCUGAGCAAUCGGCCCGUAUGACUGCCAUGGACAACUCGUCCAAGAACGCCGGAGAAAUGAUUGACAAGUUGACUUUGACUUUCAAUCGUACCCGACAGUCCGUCAUCACUGGAGAACUUAUUGAAAUUAUUUCUGGUGCUGCUGCUCUGACAUAAACGAUGUUGUAAUAUAAUUUAUUUGUUUUUGUCUAAUAAAUCCAACAACAACAACUACAACAAAAAAUAUUCGAUUAGUUAUAUAAUUAUGCGAAAGUUGAUUGCAAACUUAAGCGAAGACAAACUCUCAAACAAAACAUAAGAACUAAAUGUAUGUAAUUGCAAUCCAAGAUUGAAUAAAUGGAAAUUCCAAUAAAAUAAA